CAUUUAAAUGUAAAUCCAAUCGAAUCGAAUUGUGAUUAAUCGAUUUAGAGCCUUAUGAAUCAAACUAGAAUCAAUUUGAGAAAUUACCCAUGACACCCAGUAACACUUCCUAUACUGAGAUUGCCCAAAAGGAGCAGGUGCUCGUACUCAUGUACAUCUUGUUGCUGGUCUGGUGAGACUAGCGGAGGUAAUAGAAGACAGGGUGCGGACAUCCCUGCUUAGAUUGGUCCUCGACCCAAAUAAUUGGAAGAAAAUGGAAAGACAUCCAUCUGUCAUCAUGAAUGCGACCUCAAGCUCUCAUCCAGCCUUCGUGCCCGCUACUUUUGAUGGCUCUUACUCAGAAGUGGCAAUAUUAUCUGAUGGUGUGGGUGGUUGGAAUCAGCAGAAUAUCAGCCAUAUUAUUUGGCAUGAAGCAAACUUCACUGAAUCAUCAGGAAAUAGGACAGCAAGCCAGGCAGCAAAUGACUUUGACCCAUUAGGAGGACACUCUGUGUGGCAGGUUAUAGUAAUUGUCUUCCUUACCGGCUCACUGUCACUGGUUACAGUUGUCGGCAACAUCUUAGUGAUGCUGUCCUUCAAGAUCAACAAGGCACUGAAGACUGUGAACAACUACUACCUCCUGAGCUUGGCGUGUGCUGACCUGACCAUUGGCACACUGUCUAUGAACUUGUAUACCACCUAUAUCGUCAUGGGGCAAUGGGCUCUGGGACCAGUGGUCUGUGACUUGUGGCUUGCAAUCGACUAUGUAGCAAGUAACGCUUCCGUCAUGAAUCUUCUCGUCAUUAGCUUUGACAGGUAUUUCUCUGUGACCAGACCUUUGACCUAUCGUGCCAAGCGCACAACCAAGCGGGCCAUGACCAUGAUUUGUUUAGCCUGGUCCAUUUCUUUCAUUCUCUGGGCCCCGGCCAUUCUGUUUUGGCAGUAUAUCGUCGGUGAGCGGACGGUGCCGUCGAAUGAAUGCUUCAUUCAGUUUCUGUCUGAGCCCAUCAUUACAUUUUGCACUGCUAUUGCUGCAUUUUACUUGCCAGUCACUAUCAUGACAACCCUGUUUUGGAAGAUCUUUCAGGAGACAGAGAAACGUGUUAAGGAUAUGGAGGGUCUUAAGGGUUCUGGUGCUGGAAAAAAACAAACUCAGGGGAGUGUAGCUGGAGGCGAUGGAGCGAGUAAUAGCCAGAAGGAGAAUUCUGCGUCAUCGAAACAAAUGAGGUCCACAAACAGGAGUGAUGAGCAAAAUCAGCUGCCUUCAGAGGACAAGGCCCACACCGGUCAGAGAACAUGUGGUGCUUUCUUCAGCCGGUGUUCAUCCCUGCUACUAAGAUGCCGUGGAUCCAGAAGCGCUGAUAAUACUGCACCAGCAGAGCAGGGUAGCUGUGACAAUCUUAACAACAAUGAAGCUUCAGAGGGCGAAGAAGAAGUAAAUGAUGCAGACCAAUCAAGGCUUCCUGCAGAUGGGGAGAAGUCUAAAAGGGUGAAGAACAAAGAUACAAAAUCUCAGUCAAACCCUACACAGCCGGCUGAGACAUCUCCCGAAAACACCUCAAUGAAAGAUGGGAGCACGGCAAAAAGGUUUGCCUCUAAAUCCAAGACCGAGGUUAACAAGCGCAAAAAUGAAAAAAAGGCAAAUGACAAGAAAGCAGCACGGACACUGAGUGCCAUCCUCUUCGCCUUCAUUACUACUUGGUUGCCAUACAAUAUCAUGGUCUUGGUCAACACAUUCUGCCAGGACUGUAUCCCGGGAACUCUUUGGGAACUGGGAUAUUGGUUGUGUUAUGUUAACAGCACAGUCAACCCCAUGUGCUAUGCCCUGUGUAACAAGACUUUUCGAACAACUUUCCGGGAUAUUUUGAUGUGCCAGUGGAAAAACAAAGGCAAGCCUCAAUGUCAUCAGAGGAAUCCUGCGGCUUGCCGGAAAAAAGAUCAAAGGUAGACAACAUGUAAAGUUAAAUAUAAUUUGGAUGGAUUACAAUGAGGAAAUUGCCAAAAGAAUUGUUUGGAAACAUUAGGAAAAAAACAACAUUCAAAAGACAGCACUUUGCAAAAGUCUUAGGCCUCCACUAUUUUUAUUGUUGGAAUUAUUUGAUUUUAUUAUGAUUGAGCAGUUAUUUUCACACAGUAAAGAGUAAGUAGUAGAGCUUACACAAAAACUAUUUCAAACAAACUUUGUUGCUAAUGAAGAAUCUGUCAAAAUAAAGGGUCGUAAUAUUGCAGUUCAAGUUCUCCAAAAAUUGGUCCACGCCUUCUGUCAGUUUAUCAUCCUCUAUGUAAAACGAUGUAACCUGCUAACUAAGAUAUUAGAUUUGGACUUGGCCUGCAUUCUUUAGACUGACAUUCUAGUUAUACUGUAUGUGGUUAUCAAAGUGUUGCUAAAACAUGGUAAUUAAUGGUGUUCAGACUUUUGUACAGUGCUGUACAUGGUCACAGUCAGUGUCAGAAAUUCCUAUGCACUCACCAAAGAUUUGGGGGUUUGUAGCUUUUAGUGAUUGCGUCAUUCUUUUUCUGGACCAGUGUCAUAGAACAAUUAAUAUACCGACUUCGGGAAAAAGCGGUUACUGUAUGACAUUUUCUAACUGUUUCUUUAAAGUUAAAUAUGAAAAAACACAGACCUAAUUGAUGCCAGUGGUGCCUUACCAGUGCCUCAACUUUUGGGAAAUGUGAGCCUUUAAGUUGCGAGCAAAAAUGUGGGUUAGGGGCCAGCUUUAGAUACUGUACUUCCCCCCUGCUAGUUGGUGUAGCAAAUGUCCCAGUGAACUCCAUGAGAUACACCCAACUUUUGGUUUCUCAAUUUCUAUCAUUAGCUAAUUGCUCGACAGACACAACUUUGUUUUUCUAACCAUGGGAACAAAGAUUGUGAAGGACAGUGCUGUGAAGAAGAAGUGGAUGUUCUUCUUUGAAUUAAAGAAAGACAUCAUCAACAACAUGACUGAGGUUUGCGUUGGAAAAGCAGUACGUGCAUAACUGCUACAACCUGUGCCAAACUGACGAAGGAGCCGAAAAGUUAUGACUAUGCCAGCGUUAUAAUUAUCUCUAAAGGGACGAUAUUUUUCCAUAAAAAUAUGGAGAAGCUGUGGAUGGUGUAUUUGACAUAAAAAGAGCUUGCAGGAGAUACUGUAAAAGUCUGCUCUCCAAGGUAAACACUGUACAUCACAGGUGUCAAACGGCCGGCCCGCGGGACCAUUUGAAAAUCAAAAUGCAGCUGACCUGCAUGGAGAAUUACAGCAAAUAAGAACCUUAACUAACUAUGAAAACACAGUUAACAGGAAACAAUUGCUCCUCAGAGGCAUCCUCAGACCUGCAAAGUCUUUAGGGUUCUGCGGAAGACUCCCAGAAGCUCCCCUUGUCUGCCGAUAUUCUAACUGAAGUUACAAACCUCCUGGAUUCUGCCGUUUUUGUAUGCCAAUAAUAUAUUGUAGCUUUUGUCCGGAUGUUCAAAGGAUAACUAGGACAAGGUUGAUCAACAAUCACUUCAUUAAAACGAACAAAAACAACAUCCUUGGCAUCAGUUAAUCAUGUUCGGCCCGCAAUCUAAAGUGUAUUUUGAAUUUUGGCCCCCUCUGCAAAGAGUUGGACAUGCCUGCUAUACAUCAUUAUUGCAUUACUUUAUUUCAUAAAACUACUGUAUUUGUUAGUAGUACAUUCU